UUAAAAUGGGUGAGGAAAUACAUCGUUUCCAAAAUUCUUUAUUGUUGUGGGAGAAAAAUGUUUGAAGACUUGGGCCCUGCCUGAUCUGGGUCCCCGGGACCUCUGUGACCUCAUCUCGUGCCUGUGUCCUCACCCCCUCUGCUCCAGCCACACAGGCCUCUUUCCUGUUCCUGGGGCCCAGGGUUCUCCUGCCUCAAGGCCGUCACGUGGGCUGUGUCUCUGCUGGAACUCACCGGCCCCUCAGCUGCAGGUGCAGACACGCCUCCUUCCCGGCUGUCUGUUCUGAUAUCGCCUUCUCAGUGGGGACUUCUGUGACCCACCUCCCGAGGAGCACUCCAGCCACACCCUCACCCCCACCUCUGGUCCACAUUACCUGCUCUGCGUGUUUCUGUGGAUUCUUUCUGCUUCUACUGUCUGGACCCUGAUGAUACCAAGGCCCCAAGGGGAGAAGAGAGCCAGGAGGUGGGGACUGAGCUGGGCUUGCCCCGUUUGAGUAGAGCUCGUCCCUGGCUUCAUGUGAAAGUGCACUGACUUCUAAAGACUCUUGGUACGUGAGGAAGAAACCCGGAAGAGGAGAACAAAGGAGUCAGGGAUGGCUCUUCCUCAGGGACACUUGACAUUCAGGGACGUGGCCAUCGAAUUCUCUCAAGAGGAGUGGAAAUGCCUGAACUCUGCACAGAGGACUUUAUACAGGGACGUGAUGUUGGAGAACUACAGGAACCUGGUCUCUCUGGAUCUGUCUCAUAACGGUGUGAUCAAGGAAUUAGCACCAAAACAGAAAAGUAACAUGGGGGAAGUAUUCCACACAGUGGCAUUGGAACAGCAUGAAACACCUGACAUGCAAGAGUUUUGCUUCAGGGAAAUCAGGAAAAAAAUACACGACUUCAACUGUCAGUGGAGAUACGAUGAAAGAAAUUACAACAAAGUGACUAUAACCCAAAAAGAAAAUCUUACUUGUAGAAGAGACUACCAUGAUAGAGAAAGUAUAGAAAACAAGUCUAUUAAAAAUCAGCUUGGAUUAAGCUUUCUAUCCCACCCCCCUGAACUGCAGCAAUUUCAAGCUGCAGGGAAAAUUUAUGAAUGUGACCAUGUUGAGAAGUCUGUCAACCAUGGUUCCACAGUGCCACCACUCCAAAUAAUUUCUUCUGCCAUCAAAACCCAUAUUUCUAAUAAAUGUGGGACUGAUUUCAUCUGUUCUUCAUUACUCUCACAAGAACAGAAAUCGUGCAUUAGAGAAAAACCUUACAGAUAUGAGCAUGACAAAGCCUUUAAUCAUGACUCACAUGUGACUGUGCAUCAGGUAAGUCAUUCUGGAGAGAAACAAUACAAAUGUGAUCUAUGUGGCAAGGUCUUUAGUCAAAAAUCAAACCUUGCACGUCAUCGGAGAGUUCAUACUGGGGAGAAACCUUACAAAUGUAAUGAAUGUGAUAAAGGUUUCAGUCGCAACUCAUGCCUUGCGCUACAUCGGAGAGUUCAUACUGGAGAGAAACCUUACAAAUGUUGUGAAUGUGACAAGGUCUUCAGUCGCAAUUCGUGCCUUGCACUGCAUCGGAAAAUUCAUAUUGGAGAGAAACCUUACAAGUGCAAUGAGUGUGGCAAAGCCUUUAGUGUGAGGUCAACACUGACCAACCAUCAGGUAACUCACAGUGGAGAGAAACCUUACAAAUGCAAUGAGUGUGGCAAGGUCUUCAGUCAGACUUCAAGCCUUGCAACUCAUCAGAGAAUUCACACUGGGGAGAAACCAUACAAGUGUAAUGAAUGUGGUAAAGUCUUCAGUCAAACCUCAAGCCUUGCAAGGCACUGGAGAAUUCACACUGGAGAGAAACCUUACAAAUGCAAUGAAUGUGGUAAGGUUUUCAGUUACAAUUCACACCUUGCCAGUCAUCGGAGAGUUCAUACUGGAGAGAAACCUUACAAGUGUACUGAGUGUGGCAAAGCCUUCAGUGUGCAUUCGAACUUAACUACCCAUCAGGUCAUCCAUACUGGAGAGAAGCCUUACAAAUGUAAUGAGUGUGGCAAAGCCUUCAGUGUACAUUCAAGCCUAACCACCCAUCAGGUCAUCCAUACUGGAGAAAAACCUUACGAAUGUAAUGAGUGUGGCAAAUCCUUCAGUGUCCGCCCAAAUCUCACUAGACAUCAGAUAGUCCAUACUGGAAAGAAACCUUACAAAUGUGAUGAUUGUGGGAAGUCUUUUAGUGUGCGCCCAAACCUCAUGAGACAUCAGAUUAUCCAUACUAAGGAGAAACCUUAUAAAAAAAUUAAUAUGGCAAGGUCUUCAGUCAAAGUUUAAAUCUUGUGAGUCAUCAAAGAAUUUAUGUCAGAGAGAAACCUUACGACUAUAAUACAUCUGGCGAGGUUUUCAGUGACAGUUCAAUCCUGCACAGCCACAGAGAAUUUCAUUCCUGACAGAAGCCUUACAAGUACAACAAACCCUUCAUCAUGAGUUCAAGCAUUCCUUGACAUCAGAGUCCAUCUAAAGAGAAAUCAUAUGAGCGUCAUGUAUGUGGCAGAGGCUUAAGUCUCACAACUUACUAGACAUCAAAAUAUACAUCUUUGUAUGUUUUGCGCAUGUUGAAGUGAUUACCCAGGGAUGAACAAACACUAAAACAUCCAAGGAUUUGUGUUACCCAGGGAUGAACAAACACUAAAACAUCCAAGGAUUUGUGUGGGGAAUCAUUCAGUCUAGUUGCGCAUGCUCAACUUUUCAUAUUACACAUUGUAGAAAAAUUGCAAGUCCAAAUAUGUUAAAACCUACAGCAUGAUGUAUAGUAAAGGUUGCAGGAUGUUUGGAAGUCACUGGUUAUCUUCAGAUUUUAAAAUAUUUAGUUAUUUUAGGUGUCUUGCAGGCGACUGCUCUAUACUUUAGAAUUUAUGACUUUCAACCUAAACCUUGAAAUCUGUUGAUAACGCCUCCUUACCCACCUUUCAUGGUGAUGUCUGGGAAAGAAUCAGCAAGAUGGAAGGGCUCAUUGCAUGAGAUGAGGAUGAUUUCUAUUCAAAUUCUUUGAAGAAUCAGGAUUCUGCUUUUGCAAAUUGAAUUACCAAGCAUAGGGGCAGACAGAGAAUAAAGCAAAAUGAUGAUGUUGAUCAUCAUCCUUACUGCGUUCAGGGUGCUCCGACAGAGGGCACUUUGGGUUACAGGAAGGAGAUGCCCCACAAACAGACCUUGAAAUAGAGCAGCCCAAGACCUUAGACACGGGGAUUUGUGGGAGGAGAGUAAUGGACUACUAGUGACUGAUUCCAUGGUGGAAAUAAUUCAGGGGAAAAUGGGGACCACCUUCUACAGGGAAUGGCCAUCGCUGUUGUAUAGGGAAGACUGAAACCACGAACCUCAAAGAUUCGUGGAAACCGCAACCUCAAAGAUGAACCACAAUAGCAUGUUAUUGAUUAGGGAUUCACAGGUACUGCUGGCAUGACAUUUUGCUACUGUUUUAUUCACAAUGCAUCAGAGAUCUCGUGCUAAUUAGUAAAAUUCCAUUUGUCAUAACUAUGAAUGCACCAUGUGCUUUGUACCAACAGAGUUUUACCGCACUUCAGUAGGUUACUUUGUAACAGACAAUCACCACACAUCAUUAGGCUCUUAAGGCUGAAAGAGACAACAAUUUUUUUGUUGUUGUUUUUGGAAUUUAAAUAGAGUGUUGGGAACAUACACUUAGGGAGUGCACUUGAGUAGUUCUCCCCACACCCUGCCUCAGGAUACUUAUGUGAAUGUAAUGCAAAUCUCAAGAAAGUUUUACA